CGCAGCCUGCUUUCCCAUCCCCAUUGGACAACUGUGCUGUUAGGGGCGGGGGUUAGGCGUGACUGACGGAUUCCGGAACUAGGAAGGUGUCGGGGAGGAAAAGAGGCGCUCGGGGAAACUCAGACCACUUAUUUACUGAUAGCACAACGUGAAAGCCAUGGCAGACUGGCUAUCAUACUACAAAAAUGAGGAAGGUGAAGAAGAGGAGGAACAAAAUGAAGAUGUUGAAACAAUUGGAGAAUAUAAAUAUGCAGGUCGGGAUACCUUGGUUUUCUUAGUGGAUGCCUCAAAAGCCAUGUUUGAUUCCUAUGAUAAUGGUGAUUUGACUCCUUUUGAUAUGACAAUCCAGUGCAUUAAGAAUGUCUACACAAACAAGAUCAUCAGCCAUGACCGGGACCUUCUUGGUGUUGUGUUUUAUGGUACUGAGCAACAUAAGAAUUCUGUGGAUUUUAAACACAUUUAUGUUCUUCAGGAUUUGGACAAUCCAGGGGCAAAACGAGUGUUAGAUCUGGCCAAGUACACUGGAGAGCAAGGGAGAGCGCUCUUCCACAAAUCCUUUGGCCAUAGUGCUGACUACUCACUAGGUGAGGCAUUCUGGGUUUGCUCUAAUCUCUUCAGUGAUGUCCGCCUCAAGAUGAGUCACAAAAGGAUCAUGCUGUUCACCAAUGAAGAUAACCCUCACGGUCAAGACAGCACGAAUGCCAAAUUUGCUAGGACCAAAGCCGCUGACCUCCGAGAGACAGGUAUCUACCUUGACUUAAUGCACCUGAAGAAGCCUGGGGGAUUUGAUAUCUCCUUGUUCUACAGGGAUAUAAUUAAUACAGCAGAAGAUGAGGACUUGGGAAUCCACUUUGAUGAGUCUGGAAAGCUAGAAGACCUCAUGAAGAAGGUACGAGCAAAAGAGACCAGGAAGCGAGCUUUAGCCAGGCUGAAUUUGUAUCUGGGAAAAGAUGUGGCUCUUUCUGUUGGCAUUUUCAACUUAGUGCAGAAAGCUGUCAAGCAGCCACCAGUGAGACUUUACAGAGAAACCAAUGAGCCAGUGAAAACAAAAACUCGAACCUUUAACCGACAGACGGGUAGUUUGCUUCUCCCAAGUGACACCAAGAAGGCUCAGAUCUAUGGGAACCGUCAGAUUGUGCUGGAGAAAGAGGAGACGGAAGAAGCAAAAAGGUUUGAUCCACAAGGCUUGUAUCUGAUUGGCUUCAAGCCCCUGGUAAUGUUGAAACAACACCAUCAUGUCAGGCCUGCCCAGUUCAUCUAUCCCGAAGAGUCUUUGAUUAGUGGAAGCACCACACUAUUUAAUGCCCUGCUGACAAAGUGCCUGGAGAAAGGGGUGAUGGCCAUAUGCAGGUACACACCCCGUCGGAACACUCCUCCUCGGUUUAUAGCCCUGGUUCCUCAGGAAGAAGAGUUGGAUGAGCAGAAUGUGCAGGUGGCCCCCUCAGGAUUUCAUCUAAUUUUCCUACCUUAUGCGGACGACAAACGGAAAGUUGACUUUACAGAGAAGCUCCCAGCUAAUCAAGAACAAGUAGGCAAAAUGAAGGAAAUAGUCCAGAAGCUUCGGUUCAAGUACAGGAGUGAGAGCUUUGAGAAUCCGGUUUUACAGCAGCACUAUAUGAACCUGGAGGCCUUGGCCCUGGACUUACUAGAACCUGAAAAAGCUGAAGAUCUGACAGUGCCCAAGGUUGAGGUGAUGGAUUGCAGACUGGGUAAUCUUGCAGAAGAGUUCAAACAACUAGUUUACCCACCAGGCUAUGAUCCGGAUGGGAAAACCACAAAGCGUAAACAAGCAGGGGAUGGUACCGUACAACCAGAAAAGAAAGCAAAGAUCGAAAUCUCUGAAGAAGACCUGAGGAAUCAUGUUCAAAAAGGCACUUUGGGUAAACUGACUGUGCCAGUUUUAAAGGAAGUGUGUAGGAAUUACAAGCUGACAGCAGGAACAAAGAAGCAAGAACUCUUAGAUGCUGUGACUGAAUAUUUCAGUGGGCACUGAGAGUUCUAUGCUCAGUCUCCUCCCUAAGAUUUUGACAAGGAAAAAGGGUGCAGCAUCUUUAUAGCCACAGAUCAAAGGGAGCAGGGAUUUAUUUUUUCUUGAGAGGUUAAGACUCUGUAAUAAUGAGGAUUUAUUAAUGGGAAAAUGCUUCAUUUUCC